UACCUCUAACAAACCUCCAACAACCCUUAAAACCAAAACGCCUAUAACAACAAUCAUAAUAAUAAUCCCGCCUCCGUCACCACCGUAUUCCUCCACCGGAAAACCAUCACAUGGAAACCCUAUGCUUCACUCCAUACGUCAAAAUCCCAAACAACGACGUCGUAUUACACAAUGCCACCACCACGAGGCGUCGGAAACUCUCCGUAUUCGCCACCGUAUCCAAAUCGAAACCGCAGAUCGACACGGAGGUGUUGAAGGUGGCAGAGCAACGGCUUAGAGUGUCUCCGACGUCGUUUCAGUACGAAUCAGGACGGUUAGGAGCUGUACCAGACCAUAAGGUGGAGGAAGGUGGAGGAAGGUUGAGUGAGAUGGAGUAUUUGACGAAUAUAUUGUCGUCGAAUCGAGUUUAUGAUGUGGCGAUUGAGUCGCCGUUAUCACUUGCGCCUAAGCUUUCAGAACGUUUAGGUGUUAAUGUUUGGCUUAAACGAGAAGAUCUUCAGCCUGUCUUCUCAUUCAAGCUUCGCGGAGCAUAUAAUAUGAUGGCAAAACUCCCAAAAGAACAACUGGCGAAAGGCGUCAUAUGCUCAUCAGCUGGAAAUCAUGCUCAAGGGGUUGCAUUAGCAGCCAAGACACUGGGCUGCGAUGCUGUGAUCGUCAUGCCAAUUACCACGCCUCGUAUCAAGUGGGAAUCGGUUAAGAGGUUAGGUGCAACAGUUGUUCUUGAAGGUGAUUCUUAUGAUGAAGCACAAGCGUAUGCUAAAAGAAGAGGUGAGAGUGAGAACCGAACGUUCAUUCCUCCUUUUGAUCACCCGGAUAUUAUAAUGGGGCAGGGAACUGUCGGAAUGGAGAUUGUGCGACAAAUGCAAGGUCCGAUUCACGCCAUAUUUGUGCCUGUGGGUGGUGGCGGUUUGAUAGCUGGUAUUGCUGCCUAUGUGAAGCGGGUAUCGCCAGAGGUACGUAUCAUUGGUGUAGAGCCAGCUGAUGCAAAUGCAAUGGCUUUAUCAUUACAUCAUGGUCAAAGAGUAAUGCUUGACCAAGUGGGAGGCUUUGCAGACGGUGUUGCUGUUAAAGAGGUCGGUUCAGAAACUUUCCGUUUGUGCAGGGAAUUGAUUGACGGAGUUGUUCUUGUCAGUCGUGAUGCCAUCUGUGCGUCCAUAAAAGACAUGUUUGAGGAGAAAAGGAGCAUUCUAGAACCAGCAGGUGCCCUUGCUCUUGCUGGCGCAGAAGCAUAUUGCAAGUAUUAUAAUCUUAAGGAUAUAAACGUUGUAGCGAUAACUAGUGGGGCCAACAUGAAUUUUGAUAGAUUAAGACUAGUAACUGAACUCGCAAACGUUGGUAGACAACGAGAGGCUGUUCUUGCAACUUUCAUGCCAGAGGAACCUGGAAGUUUUAAACAGUUUGCCGAACUGAUUGGAAAGAUGAAUAUUACCGAGUUCAAGUACAGAUACGAAUCUGAAAGGAAACAAGCUCUAGUUCUGUACAGCGUUGGUCUUCAUACAAAAUUUGAACUCCAAGCAAUGGUGGAGAGAAUGGAGUCACACAAACUAAAAACUAUCGAAUUUAGUAAUAACGAUAUGGUUAAGGAUCAUUUACGCCAUCUGAUGGGAGGGAGAACUAACGUUGAAAAUGAGCUUCUUUGUCGGUUUGUUUUUCCCGAGAGGCCAGGGGCUUUGAUGAAAUUCUUGCACGCUUUUAGCCCGCGUUGGAAUAUUAGCUUGUUUCAUUACCGUGCACAGGGUGAAAUGGGGGCAAAUGUUUUAGUUGGUAUUCAAGUUCCAUCAAAGGGAUUAGAUGAGUUUCGGUAUCAUGCAAACAAUCUCGGAUAUGAGUAUGCAGUUGAGACUGAUAAUGAAGCAUUCCAGCUUUUAAUGCGUUAAGGUGCGCCUUAGUGACCACAGCCUCAAGCAUUAAUUCAUGUUUCUGCCUAGAACAUAAUGUUGUUGUAGAUAUGGAUGCUUCGCUUCUGUAUUUUUAUUUAUGUCUCCUGUAACCGAUGUGUCUUGUCCCAUAAUAAUAGGGGGUUUUUUUCAUUUA